AUGAAUGAACGAGUAAAUGAAUAUGAUGAACUGUAUGAUGAUAUAUAUGAUUAUGAUGUGAAUGAAGUUUUGAAUAUUAAAGAUAAUGUUGUAAAUUGUAAUUUAAAUGAUAAAUUACCUGAAAAAAACUUAAUUGCUGAAUAUAAAAGAAUAGAAUCUAAAUUUGAUCAUGUAAAUGAUAAACAUACAAACUCUGAGGGAGAAAAAGAUAUUGAAAAAAAUUUAUUGAAUGAAUUAAACAGUAAAAAUAUACAUAGGAAGAAUACUGAAAGUGAGUACGAUGAAGUAUUUGGAGGUAAGAAAAGUAUUAAAAGAAAGGAAGAAAAUGAUUUUGAAAACUUUGAGAAAAAAAAUAAUAAAAAUCAUAUACAAACUAAUAUUAAUGAAUUCAGUACUGCUUCAUUGCAUUACAACAAAAAUGAAACUUCUCAUAAAAUAUUAGAUAAUGAGAAAAAAAUAAAAGAAUAUAAAAUAAAUCAUGAUGAUGAAAAAGUGAGAAGUACAGAAGAGAUUAGUAAUAAAAAUAACAAUGAUGAAAAAAUUAAUAAUGAAGAAGUUUAUAUAUAUGAUAAUAUAAAUCAAAAAAACUUUAAAAAUGAUGAAGAAAAUAAAUUUUGUGAAAAUAAAUCAAAUAUUAUUUUAAACAAUGAAGAUAAUGAACAUGGAAAUAAACAGAAUAAACAAGAUGAUAUAAUUAAAAAAAAUAGUAUAAAUGAAAAAUAUGACAAAAAUAGUGAAGAAAAAGAGGUUGCAAUGUUAAAAGAAGAUAAGUUAAUAUAUGGAAAAUAUGAAAGCAAUCAAGCAGAAGAAAAUGAAUAUAAAUAUGAAAAAACUGAAAAUAGUAAAUCAGAAGAGGAUUUGCUUAAAAAUGAAAACAAUAAUGAACAUAAUAAAUCAAAAGAAAAUAAUUUGAAAUAUGAAGAAAAAAAAGAAUGUAAUAAUAAAUUUGAAGAAAAUGAAACCAAACAAGAAAAUAAAAACAAAAAUACACCUUCGGAAAAUGAAAAUAGAAAUACAUUUGAGUGUAAUAUUUGUUUUGAUGAUGUAAGAGAUCCAGUUGUAACAAAAUGUGGUCAUUUAUUUUGUUGGUUAUGCUUAUAUUCAUGGAUAAAAAAAAAUAAUGAUUGUCCUGUAUGUAAAGCAGAGGUGUCAAGAGAGAAUAUUAUACCUUUAUAUGGUAGAGGUAAGAGUAGUAAUGAACAUAAAUAUUCAAAUGUAGAAGAACCUAGGCCAACUCCCAAAAGAAAAGAAGGUGUAAGAAGAAAUAACAACAGUACUAACAAUUUAGGGUUAAGAGCUUCUUUUGGGGUAUGGGUGAAUCCUUUUUCUUUUGGUUUAUCAUAUACAAAUAUGUCAGAGGAACCUUAUUUUAAUAACAGAAAUGAAACCAGAAGAGUGCAAACAGAAACAUUUCAUGCAGAGGCUGCUUCUUCUUUUUUCUUUUUUUUAGGAUUUUUUCUUUCCUUAUAUAUUUUGUUUUAUUCCUCUUAG